AUGAGACGCCGCCGCCUUGAACUCAGCUUUUGCCCCGCAGUUAAUAUCUUUUCCGGGAGAGAGAACAGCCUGCAGAUAAGUCAGCUGUACCACGUGACUUACACCUGCGAGUUCGACCUCCUUAUGUUCCCUUUUGAUUCUCAGGUCUGUUCUCUGCGGUUUACGAUGGUCUCCGCGUCGGCGCCAUAUUUGCGUCUGACGACUACCAAGGCCUUCUACACGGGGCAGAAAGACCUCAUCGAAUACACAAUCCCUCUGAGUAACGUCACUGUCGAAGAGGGAACAGAUGGCGACUUCUCCUCGGUCACUGUCUACGUCCGCUUCUCACGCCGGUACGAAUUCUACCUCCUGACGCUCUACAUCCCCACGACCCUCCUCAUCCUCAUCGCCUACAGCACCUUCUACUUCAACCCCGUCAUCUUCCAGCCUCGCAUCAUCGUCGCCAUCACGGCCCUGCUCGUCCUGUCGUCCUUGUUCACUCAGGUGGGUUGGCGAUGGUGGGGGAGGCGGAUUUACCUUGUGUUUCGGUUGGGGAAGGGUUAG